GCCAUUCCAGCGCGCCAUGGCAGAGAGAGAUGCUAACCUGUUGCGCCACUUCCCGCUGCUGCUUCCUCAGAACCGGGAGAAAACUGUGUAUCAGGGAUUCAUUUCGGCGCAGGGAAGUGAUUUCUUCCUCAGAAUAGUGCUGCCUAAAGAUCUGCAAAUUAAGAAGGCAAGAUUACUGUGUAGCUGGCAACUGAAAAAUAUACUUAAUGACUACCAUCAAAUAGUUCAACAGAGAAUGAAGCACUCUCCUGAUCUAGUGAGCUUUAUGAUGGAGUUGAAGAUGAUUUUGGAAGCUGCUUUAAAGCACAGACAAGAAUGGUGUGUACAACCACCUUCUCGCAGUUUCUGCACCGACCUUCUUAAUGAAAUAGGAGCUGUUGGUUGGGAUAAACUUGUGUGUGUGGAUACUUCCUUCAGUACCAUCAAGUUAAAAGCAGAGGAUGCUUCUGGUAGAAAGCAUGUGAUCACUGUCAAGUUGAAGCCGAAGUAUCCUAUAGAGCCACCAGAUUGUUUUGUGGACUUUCCUGUUCCGUUCUCUGUUUCCUGGACACCACAGAGCUCCUUGGUAGAUGUGCAUAGUCAGUUCUUGGCAGCAUUGGAGUCGCUGAAGGCAUUCUGGGAUGUCAUGGAUGAAAUUGAUGAGAAGACCUGGGUGUUGGAACCAGAAAAACCUCCCAGGAGUGCAACAGCACGCAGGAUUGCAUUAGGGAAUAAUGUUUCCAUCAACAUAGAGGUAGACCCCCGGCACCCUACCAUGCUUCCUGAGUUUUGCUUUCUUGGAGCUGACCAUGUGAUAAAACCCCUGGGAAUCAAGCUGAGUGGGAAUAUACAUUUAUGGGAUCCAGAAAAUAAUCUGUUACAAAAUUUGAAAGAUGUUUUAGAAAUUGAUUUUCCAGCUCGUACUGUUUUGGAAGAAUCUGACUUUAGCAUGGACUGUGGAAUCUGUUAUGCCCAUCACCUUAAUGGUGCCAUUCCUGAUCAAGUAUGUGAUAACCCUCAGUGUGGACAGCCUUUCCAUCAAAUAUGCUUAUAUGAGUGGCUGAGGGGGCUGAGCACCAGCAGACAGAGCUUCAAUAUCCUCUUUGGUGAAUGUCCCUAUUGCAGUAAGCCAAUCACCUUGAGAAUGUCUAUGAGAAAAUCGUGAAGAAUGAGACACACCUGUCAAGAGAAGGAAUCCUUAUAAAUUGUUAAAAAAAAAUCAACAAACUGAUUUCUUUGAUGACUUCAGAGAAAAUAUAAAGCGAGACAAACUAGUAUCAACAGGCACAAUAUAGUGAGUCCAUAGUUAUA